AUUUAGCAAAUUAGAUAAAUCGAAUUUUAAAGAAAUAAUUAAAACUGAUAAAGAUAGUUCACAAAAUCAGAAAAUAGAAAAUGAAGAGAAUAUUUUAGUAUUUCAAAAAGAUAAGCAAGCAUUGUCAAAA